AUGCCCCCAGCCCUGACCUCAACCAGCAGGCCUGGGCAGCCCCUCCCGCCACUGGCUUCCUCUACCAGGACAGCCACCUGCCUCCGCCGGCCCAGGCAGGACUGGGCUGGGAACGUCUCCAGCCCCCAGCAGGCCCAGUGUCAAUUCCAGGCCCUUCUGGGGAGGGAGGAGGCCCAGGGCGGGACUGCCAGAGUCAACACACCGGUGUCUGUGGGCACGGACUGGUUUGGCACCUGCGGGCCUGGUUUCAGCCCACAGGCCCAGGGUUCAGCCUCUCCUGGGUCACCCAGACUUCUGGCCCCCAGCCCUCCGCCUCCGUCAGGCAGCCAGGCCAGUGCUGGACUGCGUCUCAUUAUCAAGCUCUCAGAGGCGGGAUCAAAGGGCGCUGCCGCGGGCGCGGGGGCGCUGUCCUCACCGACAGGCCCUACCUGGCCCCCCGACUCUGGGACACACUUUCGCCCUGGGCAGGGCCUGCGAGGGCCCUGGAACGGCAGGGAGCCGGGGGGUGGGGGCCGGGGCGGCGAGGGCCCGGGCGGGAGUCCGCCGGCACCCAGCGCUCAGGUUACAGCCCCCGCCAGCGCCCUGGGUGUGAACGUGCGGAGAGACACUGCCUGGCGAGGAGGAGUCCCGUCGGGGGGCAGCCCUCGGGGCCUCUUCCCUCCACUUGCUUUGGCACCGGGCCUGGAGCCCCCUGGGCCAAGGCUAGGACCGGCAGGGAAGUCGCAUGAUCAAGGGGAAAAGCCCGCGGGGCUGACGGAGGGGCUCGUGACCGCGCCUCCCGCACACGCGGCGUCCUGGGAGUCGGGGGGAGGGGGCACAGGAGUCGCUGGGGGUUCAACAGCCCGAGCAGCCGAGGCUCCGCCAGGGGGCUCCGCAAGUUCCCGCACCGCUGAGGCUGGGGGUCGGGCCCCCGCGCGCUCUCCGGCUGGUCUCCCCGCCGCGGCGGCCGCCACCGAAGCUAUUAUGAGUCACGUGUCUGGGAGACCCAGUCUCGCCCCAGGAGGCUUACAGGCCUGCGAGAUGGAGCAGAUACGAGGGACUGGAUCGGACGGGAGUGCGCACGCGGGCUCAGGGCAGCGCCCCAUGUCAGAGCAGAGCCCUCGCCCGCCCAGGAGCCUGCGAGCGGCCACGACCUCCGGGAGCCGCGCUGGGGUCCGGGGAGCCCCCGAGGACAGGCCCGGGCCGGGGCCAGGGUUGCGGACGGAGGGGCGGGCAGGCCCUGUGGAGCGGGGGCGUCAGAAUGCCGCGGAAGGAGACAGGGUCCAGGCCUGCGGGCCUGACACAGCGCCUCGGCGGGCCCCCUCCCUUCCUGCAAAGCCGGAACCUGGGGGUCUUCUGGACCCUGCAUUUCCCCCGAUUCCCCACCCCCGCUCAGCUUCAGAGGCCGCUCCUGCCCGCCCUGCCCCACAAACCCUCUGUGUCCAGCGCUCCACAGCCCGGGACGAGGGCCUGCCCUCCCCGCCCCCACCUCCGUCUGGAGGCCCUCCGAGGCCGCCUUCUCCUCCAGGGUCUGCCCUGACCACACCUGGUCAGCUCUCCCAGAUGCUCCUACCCCAGGGCCUUUGCACGUGCUUUCCUCGCCAGAAGGUUUUGCCCACCCCCACUCCUGGUCCUCCAAGACUGCAGAGAGGCCAUCGCGACCGCUGUAUCUACAGCUGCCUGCUCAUCUCCCCCGUGACCCUGCUGCUGUUCCUGCCCCCGGAUCCUAAACCCAUGACCCAGCACCCGAAGGUCUUGCUCUUACAAGGACAAGAGGCCCCAGGGCUGUCCCCGCCCGUCCUCCGCAAGCCCUCCUGCCGGGAUUCCCCAGAGCCGGCGUCUCGCCCUCCUGACACACUGCCUGAUGCCAGCCUCCGCCCAGGGCUCCCACACAGCAGGGUCUUGGUUGCUGGCCGGCAGGAAGCAUCCAGCCCCAGACCUCAGCGCGUCCCCUGCUCUGGGACCACUCCCACCCGGUUUCCCCGGGAGUGUAGGAAACUGAUUAGAAUCUACACUUCUGGACGGAAGGAGAAGGCCUGGGCCCGGGGGCGCCAGAGGACUGCCCGGCAGGAGGACUGCCCCCAGGCCGGCCCGUGUGGGGCCCGAGGAGCCGGGUGUUUGCACCCCCGCCACUCUUGUUCCCCGGAUCUGGAUCCGGGCUCCCUGGGCAGGGUGACACAUUUCCAGGGAGGAUCACAGGGUCCCCGGCCACCCGCACUCAUCUCGUCCACCGCCCUCCUGUCUCAGGAUAACGCUGAGCAGAACGAGCGGGGCCGCUGGGUCAGCGCAGGUGAGCAGGAAGGCACACCCUUCGCGCGGCCCAAGCUGCAUUCAGAGAAGCAGAAGGCCUUCCCCACCGUCCCCCGGCUCCCCGGGACCGUCUGUUCCCGCAGACGGAGAGACCUAGGGGCUGACAGAGAAGGGGCCACGGGGACCCGGGUCGGGCAGAGUCAGGGGCAGCAGGCGCGUGGGCGGAGAGCCCCGGGGGACGGCGGGGGCCGCAGACAGGCGCCAUGCGCCGCGCGAUCUGAGCACCAGCGGGCGCCUGUGCCCCGCGGCUGUCUGGGGGUUGUGGUCCAGGGAGACAGAGCCAGACGCAAACCCCGGGGAGGCCCAGAGUCCCCUUCCCGGACCAGGGUCUCCUCACGGUUCCCCUGGAGCAGCCCCAAGCCCGCUCCGCCCCUCGCCUCGCCCAGGGCUCCUGGCCCCGCGGGGCCUCGCGUGGGAUCUCUGCCCAACCUGUCCUGCAGGUGCUCCUGGCUCCCGGCCAGCGGGCCAGACGAAGCACUUACGGGAAGGAAGGAUGUAACAUGCCCAGGAAGCUCAAACACCGCCACGGUGGGCGACGAUGCUGGGACCUCCGAGGGCCUGCCUCCCCCUGCCCCCAUCCCAGCGGGAGGGCAGACCCUGGGCCAGAGGAAUGCUCCCAGACCCCGGGCAGCAGGUGCUGACAAGGGCGGGGUGGGGGUGGGUGGGCUGGGGGCAGAGCAAACAGGCCACUGGAGGCCUGGAGCCGGAGAUAGCUGGAAGGCCAGCGAGCCCGGCGCCCGCAGCCCCAGGGGCUUCGAGGGUGCUCUGCAUGAGGAGCUUCGGGCGGUCUGA